AUGCAAUAAUAGACAUACAUUGAGAGUAGUUACAGUAGUCAUAGCAGUAGUAGCAGUGAAAACGAGAACAAAGAUGUUCUUUUCUCGCCUUUUAGGGAUGCAAACGAGAUACAAUUGUUAUCUGAGUAAUUUGAUAUAACCAAGUGGUCCAAACAUGUUUUGCCGCAGCAAUCUUAAGUGGAAAAGACUCCAAAGCCCAAUAAAAAGCAAGUGGGCAAAAAAUCUAAGAAUAAAGUCAAUACAUCUUCAUCCAUUUCACCUUAGAAAAAGAAAUCAAAAAUCAAGAGACCCAAAAUGAAGGACAUCAAGCCUUUAAAUUUAGAAAGUGAGAAGAAUCUGUUUUUUACCAUGAAAGCUGCAUACAAUCCACAAUUUGAAUAUGUUGAAGUCAAGGAACUUGGUCCAGAACAACCUCAUCGCAAAUAUGAAGAAAUUGCAUUAAAAAUUAUUGAUCAAUGUAUUAAAGAAUUUGGUUCCGAUUUGAAAUAUGCAGAACAAGAAGGAGGGAAACUACUGUCAAUCGAAGAAACUGAACAUUUCUUUAAUGAUUAUAUCCAUAAGUUAGGUGUCCAAGAACUUAUAUCAUAUGAAUUUCAAGAUCACACUGUGGCUCCAACAAGUGUAGUUCACCAUCCAACUGAUGGCAAAAGUAAAGUUAUUAUAGGGUUGCCAAUCAACUAUCGUAUCAAUCGGAUUGAAGGAGUACUGAAUCAUGAGAUCGGAACUCAUUUUAUUAGAAAAAUAAAUGAUAGAUAAUAACAAUGGUACAAGAAGAGAGUUAAAUAUCACAUGGAACCAUACUUAAAACAUGAAGAAGGGCUGGCUGUGCUUAAUCAAUUACUACCGUAGGCUCUUAAAUAGAAAGGCAAACCUUACUUAUUCAUGGCUGCUUUGCAUUAUAUUUCUGUAUAUUUAUAUAUUUAAAUGAGUUUUGCAAAGUUAUUCCAUGAACUAAGAUACUUUAUUUAAGAUGAUGAAGCCAGAUUCAGAGAAUGUUUGAGAGUCAAGAGAGGAAUGAAGGAUACAUCAUAACCAGGAGGAAUGUAUAAAGAUCAAGUGUACUUGACUGGAGCAAUCAAAAUAUUAAAAUAUAGAGGCAAACUAAACUUUAUUCAUUUGCACAGUGGAAAAAUAACAAUUAAAGAUUGUAUUCGUUUUGGAGAAAUUGGAUAAAUAUAUACAAAAAACAUUUAUAUCCCUCCAUUUUUACAAGAACUGGAGCAGUAUAAAAAAGGUUUGGAUAAGAUAGCAUAAUAAAAUUUCAUUAAUUUUGCAUGUUGA